GUUUUAUUUUUUAAACGAACCUGCAUAUAGACAAAGAGCAUUUUAACUUUGGAGUCAAGUCAACGGUCGGUAAGUCGAUAACCGCGUGAAAGGAUAUAGCAUCUUCGUCUCUGUUCUUGAUCUUUGUUUUCACAAAAGGCAAGAUUCACGCCAGAGACGUACUUUGCUUUCACAUAAUUAAGUUAUGGAGUGUGACGGCAAAGAAGUUGCUUUCAAGUUGUCAGAAAAUUGCGUUCUCAAGAUCGUUAAAGGCGACAUCAUCGAGUGGUCCGUAGAUGGCUCAUCCGAUGCUAUUGUUAAUCCGGCAAAUGAGCGUAUGCUAGGUGGUAACGGUGCAGAUGGAGCCAUUCAUGAUGCUGCUGGGCCACAGUUGAGAGCAGCAUGUUAUGAAGUCCCAGAAGUUAUUCCUGGAGUCCGUUGUCCCACCGGAGAAGCAAGAAUCACACCAGGUUUCAACUUGGCGGCAUCUCAUGUGGUUCACACUGUUGGCCCAGUCUAUAAUGCGGAGAAGAAUCCUAAGAAACUCUUAGAAAAUGCAUACAGGAACAGUCUAAGAGUGGCUAAGGAGAACAACAUCCAGUACAUUGCAUUUACGGCCAUAUCUUGUGGAAUUUUCAGGUAUCCUUUGGAUGAAGCUGCUUCUAUAGCUAUCUCCACGGUUAAGGAGUUCGGUAAAGAUUUCAAAGAGGUACAUUUUGUUAUGUUCAGCGAUGAUACAUACACGAUGUGGGUGAACAAGGCAAAAGAGUUGUCACCACCUUCGUCGCAACAAGACCGAAGCUCCUCAUCCACUUCGUCCAAGACAAUCAAAACUGGAUUCCUCAGUAAACUCAACUGCUUUUCCUAAAUGUUUUAGGAAAAACAGAUCUCAUCUCAUCUCAUCUCAUCAUGUAGAAAACUUGUAACCCUUCUCAUACUCUCAUCAAACAAUAAGGGCAAGGCUUUGAGAAAGAAAAUAAAUUGAGAGUUCUUGGUCAUCUCUCAUCAGGCCCAUAACCAGGCCCAUUAAAACCAUUUCUCUUAA